GGCCUUAAAUUUUCAUCAAUUAAAAUUUCUAACUCAUUUGGCAAGAAAAGUAGUCAAAUUUCUCUGUUUGAAAGUUACAUAUCCUUAGUUUUCUCAGAAUUUUUCGAUGAUCGCAAGGAUCUCGUCCAUUCAAGCACCAAAAUUAACCUAUCGCAGUGAAUCCCACAUCGCUCUGUGCGAAUACCACUCUCCACCUAACUAAUUUUAACUAGCAACAAAACCAUGACGCAAUGCCCAAAGCGGACAAUAUUGUGCUGGUGGUUCCUUCAAACCAGUGAGGGCAGCUAUUGAGCUAGGCCAAGCAGACAACACUUCCAGAUGGGAGCUAGGCCACACAUCUAACAACUCUUGUAUCAGUUUAUUAUCGGCAAGUAGUAGCGUGCACAAAGAUGACGGUUACUCCAAAGAUCUCCAUCAGUGAUGGAAACCUCGUGGUUCAUGGAAAGACGAUACUGACUGGUGUGCCUGAUAACAUUGUUUUAACUCCAGGAUCCGGUGUAGGCCUUUUCGCGGGUGCUUUCAUUGGUGCCACAGCCGAACAUAGCAAAAGCCUCCAUGUCUUCCCUGUGGGUAUCUUAGAGGGUCUCCGAUUCAUGUGUUGUUUCCGUUUCAAGCUAUGGUGGAUGACACAGAGAAUGGGGACAUGCGGAAAGGAUAUUCCUCUUGAGACGCAAAUCAUGCUAGUGGAGAGCAAAGACACCACUGAAGGGGAACGUGAUGAUGCCCCAACCACAUACACUGUUUUCCUUCCUCUCCUUGAAGGCCAGUUCCGUGCUGUUCUCCAAGGCAAUGAAAAGAAUGAACUAGAGAUUUGCCUCGAGAGUGGAGAUAUUGCUGUUGAAACCAACCACGGACUUUACCUUGUCUACAUGCAUGCUGGCACCAACCCCUUUGAAGUCAUCUGCCAGGCUGUAAAAGCUGUAGAAAAGCACAUGCAGACUUUUCAUCAUCGCGAGGAGAAAAAGUUGCCCUCUUUCAUUGACUGGUUUGGCUGGUGCACAUGGGAUGCUUUUUACACUGAUGUCACAGCUGAGGGUGUUCAAGAAGGUCUUAAAAGCUUGUCAGAGGGAGGUACUCAGCCACGGUUCCUUAUCAUAGAUGAUGGUUGGCAACAAAUUGGCAACGAAGCUAAGGAUUCCAAUUGUGUUGUUCAAGAAGGAGCACAGUUUGCUAACAGGUUGACGGGAAUAAAAGAGAAUGAGAAAUUCCAAAAGAAUGGCAAGAAUGACCAGGUGCCAGGCCUGAAAAUUGUUGUUGAUGAAGCUAAGCAACACCACAAUGUGAAGUAUGUGUAUGUAUGGCAUGCUCUAGCUGGUUACUGGGGUGGGGUAAAGCCAGCAGCUUCUGGUAUGGAGCACUUUGACACUGCUUUGGCUUACCCAGUUCAGUCCCCUGGUGUACAAGGCAACCAACCUGACAUAGUCAUGGACAGCCUUGCUGUGCACGGCCUGGGUUUAGUGCACCCUAAGAAGGUCUUCAAUUUCUACAAUGAGCUUCAUGCCUACUUGGCUUCAUGUGGAGUAGAUGGAGUCAAGGUUGAUGUGCAGAACAUUAUUGAAACCCUCGGGGCUGGCCACGGUGGCAGAGUUUCUCUUACCCGUGCCUAUCAUCAAGCACUUGAAGCCUCAAUUGCACAGAACUUCCCCGACAAUGGAUGCAUUGCUUGCAUGUGUCAUAAUACUGAUGGGAUCUAUAGCGCCAAGCAGACUGCUGUAGUAAGAGCUUCUGAUGACUUCUACCCUCGUGACCCUGCUUCUCACACCAUCCACAUCUCUUCUGUUGCAUACAACUCCCUAUUCCUUGGAGAAUUUAUGCAACCUGAUUGGGACAUGUUCCAUAGUCUGCAUCCAGCUGCAGAGUAUCAUGCUGCUGCUCGGUCCAUUGGAGGAUGCCCAAUUUAUGUCAGUGACAAACCUGGAAACCACAACUUUGAGCUUUUAAAGAAGCUUGUCCUUCCUGAUGGAUCGGUUCUUCGUGCCCAAUUACCUGGCAGGCCAACCCGUGACUGCCUUUUUGUCGAUCCUGCAAGGGAUGGAGUCAGCUUGCUUAAAAUUUGGAACGUGAACAAAUGCAUCGGUGUGGUUGGUGUCUUCAACUGCCAAGGUGCUGGUUGGUGCAAGGUUACAAAGAAGACCCGUAUCCACGAUGCAUCUCCUGGUACCCUCACUGGUUCAGUUCAAGCCACUGAUGUUGAUGCCCUCGCUCGGGUUGCAGGCCCAGAUUGGAAUGGGGAUACAGUUGUAUAUGCCUUCAGAUCAGGGGAGGUAACUCGAUUACCAAAAGGUGCCUCGUUGCCUGUGACGCUCAAAGUUCUUGAAUAUGAAGUCUUCCAUUUCUGUCCGCUGAAGGAAAUCGUGGAGAACAUUUCCUUCGCACCAAUAGGCUUGUUCAACAUGUUCAACACCAGUGGUGCUGUGGAGCAAUUUGAAGUCCAUUUGCUUUCAGAGAAGAAACCGGAUCUCUUUGAUGGCGAGGUUUGUUCAGAGCUGUCCACAUCUCUGAGUGAGAACCGAUCUCCAACUGCGACUAUUUCACUCGAAGUGAGAGGAUGUGGCCAGUUUGGUGCUUACUCUUCCCAGCUCCCGCUGAAAUGCAUGGUGGGGGGUGCUGAGACUAACUUUGAGUACGAACCUGCUACUGGGUUAGUGACCCUUAACAUUCCAGUUCCGGAAGAGGGGAUGUACAGAUGGCCUAUUGAAAUCCAAGUUUAAGUUUUAUUAGUAGAAGAGCAAAUAAUUUAGUACCAUUGGGGUUCAUUCAUGCAAUGCAUGCAUUGAUGUGUGAUUGUGAUUUGGGCAAUGCUUUUGUAUUUGCGGAGAGGGGAGUGAGGGAAUAAAUGACAGUAUGUAUGUAUUGGGUUGUAUCUCUGGAAUAAAGCUACCUGGUUAGUUUCUUUAAUAAAUGCUAGCUUCUUGUGUCA